AACCAAAAUGCCAAACGAUCCAUCGGAUAAUCAACUGAAAACCUACAAGGAGACGUAUCCAAAACCCCAAGUGAUCACAACUUCAAAUGGAGCUCCGAUCUACUCGAAGACCGCCGUGCUCACCGCCGGGCGGCGUGGCCCAAUGCUCAUGCAAGAUGUAGUUUAUAUGGAUGAGAUGGCUCAUUUCGAUCGUGAACGUAUCCCCGAGCGUGUCGUUCAUGCCAAGGGAGCCGGAGCCCAUGGAUACUUCGAGGUCACCCAUGACAUCUCCAAGUACUGUAAGGCCGAUAUCUUCAACAAGGUCGGGAAGCAGACCCCACUGCUAAUUAGAUUCUCUACAGUCGGUGGUGAGAGCGGAUCCGCCGACACCGCUCGUGAUCCACGUGGAUUUGCGAUCAAGUUCUACACCGAGGAGGGAAACUGGGAUCUGGUUGGAAAUAACACUCCGAUCUUCUUCAUCCGUGACCCUAUCCACUUCCCGAACUUUAUCCAUACCCAGAAGCGUAAUCCACAGACUCACCUGAAGGAUCCCAACAUGAUCUUUGACUUCUGGCUUCAUAGACCAGAGGCUUUGCAUCAAGUGAUGUUCCUGUUUUCCGAUCGAGGACUCCCAGAUGGGUACCGUCAUAUGAAUGGAUACGGAUCCCAUACAUUCAAGAUGGUUAACAAGGACGGAAAGGCUAUCUAUGUGAAAUUCCAUUUCAAGCCAACUCAAGGAGUGAAGAAUCUCACCGUGGAGAAGGCCGGUCAACUUGCCUCUUCGGACCCAGACUAUUCCAUCCGUGACCUGUUCAAUGCUAUUGAGAAGGGAGACUUUCCAGUAUGGAAGAUGUUCAUUCAAGUGAUGACAUUCGAACAAGCUGAGAAAUGGGAGUUCAAUCCAUUUGAUGUCACUAAAGUUUGGCCACACGGUGAUUACCCACUGAUCGAGGUCGGCAAGAUGGUGCUGAACAGAAAUCCAAGGAACUACUUCGCUGAGGUUGAACAAUCCGCCUUCUGCCCGGCCCACAUCGUCCCAGGAAUCGAGUUCUCGCCAGACAAGAUGCUCCAAGGACGUAUCUUCUCGUACACCGACACUCAUUUCCACCGCCUUGGACCAAACUACAUCCAGCUUCCAGUCAACUGCCCGUACCGCUCCCGUGCUCAUAACACCCAGCGUGAUGGUGCAAUGGCUUAUGACAAUCAGCAACAUGCUCCAAACUUCUUCCCGAACAGCUUCAACUAUGGAAAGACUCGUCCGGAUGUCAAGGAUACCACAUUCCCAGCCACUGGAGAUGUUGAUCGUUAUGAAAGUGGAGAUGACAACAACUAUGAUCAACCCCGUCAAUUCUGGGAGAAGGUGUUGGAUACCGGGGCUCGGGAGAGAAUGUGCCAGAACUUUGCAGGGCCGCUCGGGGAAUGUCAUGAUUUCAUUAUUAAGGGAAUGAUCGAUCACUUUUCAAAGGUUCAUCCAGAUUUUGGAGCUCGUGUCAAGGCACUCAUCCAGAAACAGGCUCGCUCUCAUAUCUAAACUUUCUUGAAAUUAAAAGAAAUUAAAUGUACUUUUUAUUGUAAUAACUUGCUUUAUUGUGUAUAAAAAAUAUGAUAAUUAAAAAUAAAUAAAGUUAAUAU